AUGGCAGCGGCCGCGGGUGCGUAUCCAGCUUUGGAAGAUCGUCAUGUAAAGGACACAUUUCGUCUCUUCGAUGUUGAGGGUACUUUGACUCCCGCAAGAAGGACCAUCUCGCUCGAAAUGCUCCAGCUUCUCUCUCAACUGCGUCAUAACUGUACCAUUGGAGUUGUUAACCGUCACUGUUUUCCGGAAGUAGCUCCCAAGCUCAUAUCGCUUAGGUUGGCGGCUCCGAUCUUGCCAGCAAGAGCAACUCGGCACAUCCUCUACGAAAGUAUCCUCGCUCUUUGA